AUGAAUAAUAAAUUAUCCAAUUUAUAUAAAAUAGAUGAUGACAAAUAUUCUCGAAUCAAAAAUGCAUCCCAACUCCCACAAUAUCAAGAUAUUUCCAUAAACCGAAAUGAUAACAUCUUCAAUAUCCUAGAACAAAGAUCAUUAUUAUUGGAUAAAUUGCAUGAAGGUAUAGUUCGACAAUUAGUCAGACUAAACUCCAAAUCAAGUUCAAUCAAAGAGAAAGAAGUAGAGUUAAAUCGAACCUUACUGGAAAUCACAAAACGAAUUGAAGAAUUCCCCGAUGAUGAUCGAAAUAGCAAUAAUCGAGAUUUUUUAAAUCAAGAUUCAAUUCUACUUCAACUUAAAUUAUAUAAAGCUCUCGGGGUCUCAAUUAGUCUGGAAACUAAGGAAUAUGUGGAAUCGGGUAUACGGAAACAGAAAGAAGAAGUGAGGAUAAGUGUUAUGAAUCCGGGCGAUAGUAAACCUAGUGUAUUGGUCGUACUAGGUAAAGAUAGCUCCCAGGAAUUUGAACAGUUGCAGAGUGAACCAUUUGAGGAACCUCCCGUGGUUACUCCCCAAAACCCACCGGAUGCCCUCUUGGGAUAUACGACUGAAGACGAUCAAGGAUUUGGCAAAGACAGUCAAGAAGAGGAGCAGCCACAAAUGGAUCUCACUCAAGAUGUAAGGAAUAUCGAGAGUGAGGGAAAUGGGGAAGAAGUUAAAGUGACUAAUACGGCAGAUGAGGAGACUAAUUUGCAAGAUAAUAGCGAAGUUGAAAAGGAAGUAGAUGUAGACAUAAUCGAGGAAGAUCAAGACGUAGGCGUCAUAGAGGUUCUAGUUCUGCACCUGUAUUAUCGAGUUCUCGUUCUGCACCUGUAUUAUCUCGUAGAUCAAGAUGUAGAUGCGGAGGAAGAGGAAGAUGCCGAUGCUGACAUGUCUAUGGAAUGA